AUGCCGCAGUGUGAGCCCAAGACGGGCACCAAGAGACGGGGCAAGUCGAACAAAGGACGCACUUUGGUUCGUUGGGAUAACGACAAGGAUAUAUUGCUUUUGCUCACUAUCCAGCAAGUCUGCAAUUACGAAGGAAUCAAGGUCCCAUGGUACCUAGUUGCCGAGACUAUGGGCGUUAAGUUCACAGAAGGUGCAAUCAUCCAGCACCUUUCGAAAGUCCGCCUACGUCGCAUGCAGGCCGGAAAGCAGGUUCCACCCCCGCUGCGCCGCUCUGUGCCAAGUCAAGGAUCCAAAGGAACCUCAGCAUCAAGCAUGACUGCUGGACAAGGCAAGGGCAAAAAGAGACAGCGUGAAGUGACGCCAAAUGAUACGCCCGACGAAGAUGCCGAUUACGAGAGUGAUGAUCCCCCGUACACUACAAAGCCCAACCGAGCCAAGCGGGCCAAGGCCAAAGCCAGAGUCUCGCUGACCAAUGGAAGGGGACAGAAAGGGAAGAAGAUCACUCCCAGAGAAAUCUCCCCCGAGGCCGAGGAAGAAGAGUCCCGUGUGUGCAUUGGAGCCGAUUUCCUCAAACUGAGCGGCGAGGAUGCUCAAACCGACGCAGGAUCUGACAAUGGGCUCAGUAGCUCCGAAACUGACGGUCGUGAGUCCGAAUUCGAGGAUGAGGGGUCGGAAGACGAGUAUAUGAUGGACGAAACCCCACAACGGCCGUCAAAGGUAGUCACUCUGCCCGUUAGACAGGCCGCACUCCAAAAUCUCCAAGAAACAGGCACUGCGAUCCCUUCCGAGGCCAUCAGUGGUGUGAAUGAAUUGUCCGGCCCCAAUGGGACUUAUUACAAUGACCAGAAUUUGUACCCUCAGUCUCAGACUGUGCCGACUUCUCAAUUCAUCGAAAGUCCUUACCUUUACCAACCCGCCCAUUCUAUGUCAAACUAUAACACUGGCAUGCCCCAAAUGUUCAACACCAACGCAAGUUAUGGAUUCCCCGAUUUGAGCUCUGACUUGUUUCCCCUCGUUUUUGGCCCCAAUUCAAUGAUAAGCCAACCGCAAAUCGAACUGAACUUCGGUGAUUUUGAGAGCUACGCGGGCAUGGAUCCGUCCGAUGGGCCACUCGGCAAUCAGGUUGGGGAUUACCUGGCUUUGCGAGAGAAUGAGCUGAACUAG